GCGGUCUCCAUUUCGCUCGAUUUUCCAGAGUGCGCGCGCAAGCAGGCGCAGUAAGGAGGGGCACUCGGCCAUAAUACGUAACGCCCCGGCGGGCUCCUGGGCUAUCAAUCUCCAAUCGCUACUGCUCAUUGUCGCUGCCUACCUCAUUUGGGAGGUACCUACCUACCUUAGCAUAUUUACGCCGGGCUCAGCUGCUCCUUCCCUCAACAAAAUUUCCGCAAUCCCUCCUUCUUUCCCUCAUCUCCCACGUCUUCCUCCAUCCUCCUUUGUCCAACAUCUCAAGUCUUCUUUCUGAUCAAGACAUCUCUCCAAACAACCGCAAUCAUGUCAGGCCUUCCUACCGUCUACAUCGUCUCGGCGGCCCGUACCCCCGUCGGCUCCUUCCUUGGCUCUCUAUCGAGCCUGAGCGCGACUCAGCUUGGUUCCACUGCCAUCAAGGGUGCUGUUGAGCGAGCCGGCAUCAAGCCUGAGGAUGUCGACGAGGUCUUCUUUGGCAAUGUCCUCUCCGCUGGUCUCGGCCAGGCCCCUGCCCGCCAGUGCGCCAUUGGCGCCGGCCUCCCUCAGUCCACCGUUGCCACCACCGUUAACAAGGUCUGCGCCUCUGCCCUCAAGGCCAUUAUCCUCGGAGCCCAGAACAUCAUGACUGGCACUUCCGACAUCGUCGUCGCCGGCGGUACCGAGUCCAUGUCCAACGCCCCCCACUACCUCCCCAACCUCCGAACCGGCGCCAAGUACGGCGACCAGACCCUCGUCGACGGCGUCCUCAAGGACGGUCUGACAGACGCCUACAACAAGGAACACAUGGGCCUCGCUGGCGAACUCUGCGCCAAGGAGUACGAGCUCACCCGUGAGGCUCAGGACGAGUACGCCAUCAACUCGUACAAGAAGGCACAGGCUGCCACCGCAGCUGGUCUCUUCACCGAGAUCGUCCCCGUCGAGGUCAGCGGCGGCCGAGGCAAGCCCCCGGUCCAAAUCACCACCGAUGACGAGGUCAAGAACCUCAACGAGGCCAAGCUCAAGGCCAUGCGCCCUGCCUUCAAGCCCGACGGCACCGUUACCGCCCCCAACGCCGCUCCCCUCAACGACGGUGCUGCCGCUGUUGUCCUCGCCUCCGAGGCCAAGGUCAAGGAGCUUGGCCUCAAGCCCAUUGCCAAGAUCCUCGGCUGGGGUGAUGCUGAGCGCGAGCCUGAGCGCUUCACCAUUGCCCCCGCCCUUGCCAUCCCCAAGGCCAUCAAGCACGCCGGUCUCACCCCCGAGCAAAUUGAGUUCUACGAGAUCAACGAGGCCUUCUCCGCCGUCGCCCUCGCCAAUGGCAAGAUCCUUGGCCUUGACCUUGACAAGGUCAACGUCUAUGGCGGUUCCGUCGCCAUUGGCCACCCUCUCGGUUGCUCCGGUGCCCGUAUCGUCACCACCCUCACCUCCGUCCUCAAGGAGAAGAAGGCCAAGAUUGGUGCCGUCGGUAUCUGCAACGGCGGUGGUGGUGCCUCUGCCAUGGUCAUUGAGAACCUGCAGUAGACGCAAAACAUAACGACUUAAAUGACAUAUUUAACGGCGCACAGCCACUUACAUGAAUGGGAUACGGCACGAGGAUACAAAAAAGCGCGUCACUAUACCUAAUGCAUAUUGGUAUCGCUGACGAUUCAAAUCGUUGCUGCUCUAUAUCUAUAUCUAGUAGAUCUAUCUAAUUUAAAGUAAAAUAAACAUGAUUUCAUGAUUUCA